AUGUCAGCUGACCCGGAGCCCUUACCUCUUCCCGUCAUAGCCGUGAUUGGGUCUCUCAACGCAGACCUCACAACAUACACAUCACGAAUACCAUCUGGCGGCGAGACAUUACACGCAAAUUCAUUCAAAGUUGGCUCGGGAGGAAAGGGUGGCAAUCAAACAUGUGCCUGCGCGAAGUUGUCUCGGACAUCUAAAGAUAUUCAAAAUGGAUCUGCGAUAAUCAAGAUAUUUGGAGCUGUAGGAAAUGAUGCACAUGGCUCCAUGAUCCUUCACGACUUACAGGCUUCCGGCGUCGAUACAUCAGGAGUUUCAAUGAAAGACGGCGUCGAAACUGGCGUUGCAGUAAUCCUAGUGGAAGAAGAGUCAGGCGAGAACCGCAUCUUGCUCAGUGCUGGUGCCAACUAUUCUCUACAACCUUCACAAUUCUCAUUACUUCCAUUACCAUUACCAUCUCUGAUCAUUCUCCAGCUCGAGAUACCGGUUCCGACGACGUUAGAGAUUCUGCGAACGGCGAGAACUCAGAACAUGGAAGUCUUGCUCAACCCAGCGCCUGCAAUACCACUUCCCGAGGAAGCUUAUGUUGGACUGGCCCAUUUGGUUGUGAACGAGACAGAAGCAGUAAUUCUAUCAGGCUGCAGCCCUGGAGAUAUCGAGGAUGAGAAAAAGCUGCCAGAUGUGGCAAGAAUCUUUCACGGUCGAGGAGUAAAGAAUGUUAUCAUUACUUUGGGCGGGAGAGGAGUAUUCUUUUCCAGUGGAGAAGGAAACAAUGGCUUGCUUAAAGCGAGGAAAGUGGAGGUUGUUGAUACUACAGCUGCAGGAGAUACCUUCGUGGGAGCGUAUGCGUUGGAGGUUGUCAAGGGAGAGUUUGAUAUCAAGAGCGCGGUUGAGAGGGCGAAUAUGGCUGCUGCAAAGACUAUUGGGAAGAGAGGAGCGCAGAGCUCGAUUCCUUGGGCUGAUGAGCUGGACAGUAGUUGA